AUGCCGCGAACUGGAAAUUGCGUCCAAAGCUGUCAAUAUUUCCAGGUUUUCCAUGGACUCAAAACUUCGAUUUUCCUCGUUGUAGCUGUGUUUUUUUCUUCGACAUCAAUUCGAGGUCCAAAAAAAGAAAGUUUCUUGUUAAUUUACAGCGGACCUCGAAAAAUUAACACAGCUACAACGCGGAAAAUCGAAGUUUCGUCUUUGGACGCAAUUUCCAGUUCCUGGAGGCUACUUUGA